AUGGUUUAUCAAUCUACUUUUCAUAAAACUAUAUUACGAGAUAAAGGUUUAUUUGAUGGUAAAAAUUUUUUAAUUUCGACUGAUUCUAUAAAAUGGGUGUAUAUAUAUUCAUUAUCAAUUACUGAACAAGGUCAGUUAUAUUCAACGGAUCAACAAAAUAAUCAUUAUUUAUUAUUACAAUCAUUACAAUCGUGUUCAAUUUCAAUUCAACAAAAAUCAACCACCCCCAAUACAAAUUCAUCAAGUACAAAAACAUCAAAAUAUUCAAGGAAGAAUUCCGUACAAGAUAGUAUUGAAGAUGAACCACCAAUUAUAUUUAUUAAAACUUUUGAAAAUGAUAAAUUAUACAUUAAAGUUCCAAGUAGAUUAAAUUUUGGAAAUUUAUUAAGUUCCUUGUUAGUUUGGCAAAAUUUAAAACCACAAGGUCUUGCUAAAAAAUGGUAUAAUGAAAAUAAAAUUAAAAAAAUUAAUCAAACUAUAGAUGGUUCGAUUCAUGAAUUAUUAGUUUGUAGGUUUAAAGUUUAUGGACCACUCCCUAAUAAAUUUACAAAAAAUUUAAAUGUUGUUAAAGGUCCAAAAGCUCCAAUUUAUCAACCAAAAAUUGAUGAUUUAAAUGGGAAAAUUCCUACUGAUUUAAAUACUGUACCACAAUUGGAUUCAAAUAUAAAUGAAGGUUGGUUUUAUGCUAUGGGUGCAUUAAAUUCAAAUGGGAUAUUAAAUUUUAUAUCUGAAUUGGAUGGAACUUUAUUAUAUUCAAUUGAUAUUAAAAAGUUGUUGUCAAGUGAGAUUCGCGAAAUUCAUAAUUCAAUUUUUAACAGUUCAAAUGUUUUAUUUCUCGGUCAUUUAAAAGAAUUAAGAUUCAAUAACUUAAUACGUACUAUUAAUCAUUUAAAUGCUGAUCAGUUAUUCCUUGGUAAUCCAUUUUUAACAAGAGAUGGGAAAAUUAUAAAUUCAAAUUCAAGAAUUUUUAUUGAAUUUCCAUUACAUAUUGAUUUAGAAGAUUGGUUUGUUGGGUUAAAAUAUUUUGCAAAACGUGAAUAUAUUGGAUUAUUUGAUUCUGACUCAUCUAAAUUAUCAAAUGAACCUAACUAUAAACAACAAUUGUCAGAUUUUAAUAAAUCAAAUUUUAGAGUUUCAAAAAAAGUCUUAAUUGAUAUAAUUGAAGCUAAAUUUGAUACUACUCAUAAACAAAAUCAAGGUAAAAUAUAUGCUGAAGUUCGUAUGUGGGGAUAUCCAUGGUCUCGUACUGCCAUUGUAAAUUUUACAAAUAAUCCAUUUUGGAAAGAAGAAUUUCAAACUGAUUUACCAAUUUCAACUCAAAUGAUUCAUAUUUUAAUUAAAAGAUCAAGUAAUAAUGAUUAUUCAAAUAAUGAUAAAAUAAUAGGUACAGUUUAUGUUACUCCUGAUAUUUUGACAAAACAAGUUAAAACAAGUUCAACAAUUAUGACUUCUAAUGAUUCUUCUGGUAUCCAAGUUAAUAAUUCAAUUCCAUUACAAAAUUCAUUAUCAUUAAAUCUGAAUAAUUAUAAUUAUAAUUAUAAUAAUAAUAAUAAUAAUAAUAAUAACAAUAAUAAUAAUCCAACAAGUUUAGAUAUUGUAAGAUUAACAAUUUAUGAUUUGAAUGAUAUACCAAUUGGUAAAUUAUUAAUCCAAGUAAAUUUAAAAGAAUAUCAUAUAUUACCACCAAAUUUUUUUAAACCAUUUGAAAAGAUGUUGAUUAAUGCACCAAUGAAGGAUUUGAUUAAAUUUUGUAAUGAAAAUGCUCCAAGUUCAGAUUUUGAAAGGGUAUCGAUAGUUCUAUUGGAUAUUUUUCAAAGUUUAAAAGUUGAAGAUGCAUGGUUUAAAUCAUUAAUGGAGAAUGAAUUGAUUAAUAUUGAUAAUAUAACUAGAAAAUCAUACGUAGAAAAAAAUGAAGAAAAAAAGAAUAAUUCAAGUCAUAAUAAUGUAUUCAAUACUUUAUUUAGAGGAUCAUCUAUCUUUUCAAAAUCGUUGGAAAAGUAUAAUUUACGUAUUGGUCAAGAAUAUUUAGAAAAAGUAUUUGGUUCAUUUUUUGCUAAAAUUUCAUUUGAACGUAAAAAUUGUGAAGUUGAUCCAAGAUAUGUUAAAAUUCAAGAGAGGGCAAUACGUAAAGGUAAACCUCUAAAUGAUGAUUUAUUUAAUUUUGAUGAUGAUGAUGAUGAAGAAAGUUCAACUGAUGAAGAAUAUGAUUCUGAAUUUGAAAAGGAAAAAGAUGAAACGAUAAAGAAGAUGGUUGAAGAAAAUUUUCAAAAUUUGUUAUCAUAUGCUGAAGAGAUAUGGAAUAAGAUUUAUAUUACUUCAAAUGAUUUACCACAACAAAUUAAAAUUCAAUUGAAAAAUUUUAGAACUAAAGUUGAAUUAGUAUGUGAUCCAAAUGAUAAAAUUACAAGUUUAAAUUGUUUAUCUGCUUUUAUAUUUUUGAGAUUCUUUUGUCCAGCUAUAUUAAAUCCAAAAUUGUUUUACUUGGCCAAAAAUCAUCAAACUGGAAAUACUCAAAGAACAUUGACUUUAAUUGCAAAAAUUUUAUUGAAUUUAGCUAAUCGACAAGAAUUUUCACCAUACAAAGAGCCACACUUAGUCAAAAUGAACACAUUUUUAAGAAGACAUCAGAAUGAAGUAUUGGAUUAUUUUGAUAAAAUUACAGGUAGAAAGAAUGAUUUUAAUGAAAAAAUACUUGAUUUAUCUCAUGAAGUUAAAAGGUUUGAUUUGGGAUUAGAUGAAUUAUCUAAUGAAUUGCCUACUACUCCAUACUUAAUUGAUAAAUAUCUUAGAUUGACUGAGAUUAUAUAUUUAUUGGAUUAUAACAAGUAUAAAAAUAAUGGAUCAUCAAGUUCUACUUCAACUCCAUUUACUAGUCCGUCUAAAGAUACAUUGACUAUUUCAUCAUCACAACAAAAUCAUAAUUAUGAUUUAGACACAAAAAAGUUGACUGAUUUACAUUUGAAUGAAAAAAAUUCAUAUCAAAUAGGUUCAUUAGAAUUUGAAAAACUGGAAUUUUUAGAUUUAGUUGGAGAUAAUGAAACUGAAGGGUUUAUAAAAUCUUUAUGUAAAGGAAAUGAGGAUAUUUUUUCAUUUAUAAACUCAAAUAUUACUUUGAAAGAUAUACAAAAACAAUCAACAAAGAUACUAAAUAAAAUAUACCAAUUGGAGACAUUUUUAGAAAAUUAUGAAUUUCCUAAAAACUUUAAUAAGGACUUAACAUUGUGGGAAGUAUUUACAAAUGAUAUAUUAUCAAGGACGUAUUUGGAUUUAAGUAGGAACAGUAUAGUUGUGUUGGAUACAUUACCUCCUAAUAACAAUUAUAGAAGAUUUGUUGAUGAUCAUGCAUUGACAAAAUUAAAUUUGAAAUUUAUUACCAAUAGUGAAGAGAAUGAAAGUAAUAAAAACGAACUACAACAGAAGUUACAACAACAACAAUCAAAUAGUAAUUAUAGUACUAUUGCAAACACUACUAAUCGAAUAUCGUCGAGUUUUAGUAGUAAUUCAUUGGGAAGUGUAUUGAAGUCAAAUGGUUCAAAAAAUCCAUUUAAGAAAUGGUUGAGAAAGUAA